AAAUUGUCCAGAUUGAGGUCGAAGAGAAGAAAGGAAAUGUUCUGUUAAAGGUUUUUACUGUAGUCCAUCAGUAUUUUCUCUUGCAGCUCUGAGGAGCUCUCAGCCAUCUUGGGUACAAAAGCACUGUAUCGAAUUUUUUUCCUUGAAAGAAGGCCUCAGUUUCUUGAAGGUUGUUACAUUCCUGUGUCAGAGGUGAAACUUUUUUUUGCUAAAGGACCAUCUCUGGAUGGACAGAAGAUAGUGCCAGCAAAAGCACUGUUGGUUUGUCUUCUCAGCACACUGGGACAAUGCCUGGCAGACUGUAAACCACAUUGGACUGCAGAGGUAACUUGGAUUUCAGCAUCUGAAAAAUGCUGGGAAUAAGAAGGAAACCAAUUCUCUUUGCAGAGUUGAAAAACUGGCUGAGUCGGAGCUGAUCCUGGAUCCUGUGGUAUUUCUGUACUGCAGAGAUGAGCUCUGUGGCGACAGACAAGGUUGCAGGCAAGCUGAGCUCCACUCUCUCAUGGGUGAAGAACACGGUAUCGCACACCGUCAGUCAAAUGGCCAGCCAGGUGGCGAGUCCAUCUGCCUCCCUCCACACCACAUCCCCCUCCACCACCCUGUCCACACCCGCCCUGUCACCAUCCUCACCGACACAGCUGAGCCCAGACGACUUGGAAUUGCUUGCUAAACUUGAGGAACAGAACAGACUCUUGGAAACAGAUAGCAAAUCCUUACGAUCAGUAAAUGGGUCAAGAAGAAAUAGUGGCUCUUCUCUUGUAUCUAGUUCAUCAGCUUCUAGCAAUCUCAGCCAUCUUGAAGAAGACUCGUGGAUCCUGUGGGGGCGGAUUGUGAAUGAAUGGGAAGAUGUACGCAAAAAGAAAGAAAAGCAAGUUAAGGAGCUGGUUCGAAAAGGGAUACCUCAUCACUUCAGAGCAAUUGUUUGGCAACUUUUAUGCAGUGCUCAAAGCAUGCCAAUUAAGGAUCAGUAUUCAGAGCUUUUAAAAAUGACAUCUCCUUGUGAAAAAUUAAUAAGAAGGGACAUUGCUAGAACAUACCCUGAACAUGACUUUUUCAAAGAAAAAGAUAGCCUUGGGCAGGAGGUCUUGUUCAACGUAAUGAAGGCUUACUCUUUGGUGGAUCGUGAGGUUGGAUACUGUCAAGGAAGCGCUUUUAUAGUUGGAUUACUGCUUAUGCAGAUGCCAGAAGAAGAGGCAUUCUGUGUGUUUGUUAAAUUAAUGCAAGAUUACAGACUGCGAGAACUCUUUAAACCAAGCAUGGCUGAACUGGGCCUUUGUAUGUACCAGUUUGAAUGCAUGAUACAGGAACAUCUUCCAGAGCUUUAUGUGCACUUUCAGUCUCAGAGUUUUCACACUUCUAUGUAUGCAUCGUCAUGGUUUUUAACUAUAUUCCUUACGACUUUUCCACUACCAAUUGCAACAAGAAUAUUUGAUAUCUUUAUGUCUGAGGGUUUAGAGAUAGUAUUUCGAGUAGGUUUAGCAUUACUUCAGAUGAACCAGGCAGAAUUACUGCAACUUGACAUGGAAGGAAUGUUACAGCACUUUCAAAAGGUCAUUCCACAUCAGUUUGACAGUGGUCCAGACAAAUUAAUCCAAGCAUCUUACCAAGUCAAAUACAAUGCAAAAAAGAUGAAAAAGCUAGAAAAAGAGUACACUACAAUAAAGACAAAAGAAAUGGAAGAACAAGUUGAAAUUAAAAGGUUACGAACUGAAAACAGACUCCUAAAACAGCGCAUUGAAACACUAGAAAAAGAAAGUGCUUCCUUGGCAGAUAGAUUGAUCCAGGGACAAGUGACAAGGGCCCAGGAGGCUGAGGAAAACUACCUCAUAAAACGGGAGCUGGCCACCAUCAAACAGCAGAGUGAUGAGGCCAAUACUAAACUGGAGCAAGCUGAGAAUACCAUCAGGGAGCUCCAGCAACAGCAGCAAUGGCAUAAAUGCAGUUCACGAUACAGUGAAGACUUUGUGCUACAGCUGGAAAAAGAGCUGGUCCAAGCCAGGCUGAGUGAAGCAGAAUCCCAUUGUGCCCUGAAGGAGAUGCAAGAUAAAGUUCUAGAGAUGGAAAAGAGGAACAGCUCUCUCCCUGAUGAGGAAAAUGUUGCCAGACUACAAGAAGAACUGAUUGCAGUAAAAUUAAGAGAAGCAGAAUCUUUGAUGGGUCUCAAAGAACUGAGGCAGCAAGUCAAAGAUUUGGAAGAACACUGGCAGCGUCACCUAGCUCGUACCACUGGAAGAUGGAAAGAUCCUCCCAAAAAAAAUGCACUGAAUGAGCUACAGGAUGAGCUGAUGACAGUGCGGUUGAGAGAAGCAGAAACUCAGGCUGAGCUGAAAGAGACCAAACAAAGAAUGAUGGAGGUGGAGACACAGAAUCAGAUCAAUAGUAAUCACUUACGAAGGGCAGAGCAAGAGGUUACCAACCUACAGGAGAAGGUGCAGUAUCUUUCUGCACAGAACAAAGGACUCCUGGCCCAGCUGAAUGAAGCAAAACGUAGACAAGCAGAGAUUGAAUGCAAGAGUAAAGAAGAAGUGAUGGCAGUACGGCUCCGUGAGGCAGACCGCAUUGCAGCUGUGGCAGAACUCCAGCAGCAUAUUGCUGAAUUAGAAAUCCAGAAAGAAGAAGGAAAAAUUCAAGGGCAGCUUAAUAAAUCUGAUUCUAACCAGUACAUCAGAGAACUGAAAGAUCAGAUAGCUGAGCUGCAUCAUGAGUCAGCAUCAGAGAUCAGAUUUGAGAUUCUUGCAAACUGAAGCAGUAAAAACCAGGUUCCUUUAAAUGUUACUUGUUGGAGUGACAGAGAUCUAGUUCCCUUCACAUGAAGGAAGGCCAGACCCAAAACUGAAAGCCUUUAACCAAUAUCGACUGUAUAAAAGAGAAGAGAAACUAAGAGACCCUGGGGUGCAAAUCCAUACUUUGCUCAACAUGGCUGUAGUUCCUUCAGGGAUAAGUAUAGAGUAGAACUAGGGUAUGGGGGGAGUGUUUGGGUUGGGUCCACAUGUCCUGCAUUCCAAGUCCUUAGCUGGAUUUCCCAUUGUCUGAAUAUGCUUGGCUAGAUGAAUGGCAAGAUCUUGGCCUAAUGCUUUAGUUCCUACCUUAAGCUCUUUUCCUGUGUCCAAGUGAAACACUGACAACAAGAAUCUCAAGUCUGUCUUAAAAAACUGACAAAUUAGUUUCAGUGUGAAUAAGGUGGUUGUUUGUCUAUUGCAAAAUCUAAGCCAUAUCUACACAAUGGCAAACACAGAAUGGUAGUUACAAAUCAGGAAAGAUGUUGGUAUUGAGUCCUCUGACACUGGUUUAGCAUGCAGCCCCAGCCAAAUCAGACAAGGCAACAUUGGGCAUUAAUAGGAAGUAUAUUAAAAACCAAAUAAAGGGAGUUGUAUUGCCACUUGGCCUCUAGAUGGAUGUAAAGAAUUUAAAGAAGGUCUGUAGGAAAGUUAAAGGGAACUUAUGAUGAAUGAUGGUUGUCUUGAUUAACACCUGUUUAUGAGAGGCUAAAAUGGAUUGGAAGUCAUCUGCUCUAGAGAGAAAACUGAAGAAGGUACUAUGAUAUAAGUUUCAGAAUAAUUACCACAGAACUGCUUUUCACCACUUGUUCCUGAAUUAUUAGAAUCUGGGGGCACUUACUAAAACAAGUAGAUUAGUUUAAAAGAAAUAAAGGAGUUUCUGGAAUUUACUGCCACAGGAAGAUGUGGAGGUAGACAGCAAAUUAUAUGAUCAGUCAGGGACAGCUGAUCUAUAAACAUAUGCUGAAGCAGCUAGAAAAAGAUUUCACUCAUAUUUGCUACAGCAGCUUCUGGCCAAGUCAAUGGAGGCUUGGUAAUAGGAACGUCCUGUUGUCACUGUUGGAGACACCACAUUGGGCAGAUGGACUGCUUCCCUGAGCCAGUAGGACAGUAAUGUUCCUCCCUUGAAAAAAGAUACUGCUUUUUCCUUUAGAAGUGUAGAGCCUCACUUGCUAGACUGUGAAGUUAUAUGAGAGUAAAAAAACUUAAUUUUAGGAAACCUCAGUUUUAAAGCUUUAGGCUGGCAUUAGCCGCUGGUAUUUAAUUGCAUGGGAGUGCAGGCUCUCUGCAAGUUGCUCCAAAUACUUUGAGAAGCCAUACAAAUCCUUCUUGUUGCAGUAAAAAUUCCAAAUAAUCAAGCUGCUUCCGAAAUGCUCCUGAACAAAUGUUAGGUUGAACGGCCCCUUAAUCUUCAGCUGUGAAAGUAACUUGC